UGCACACAUCCGUAGCACCGUUCCAUUUGACAGUUGGUACAUACACACUUCUUUCUCUCAAUGUCCAAAGUAGCAGAGGUAGCAUUAUAUUGAAGUGAAAGUCGGCGUCGUUUUGAUAAAAGAUUCAACAUAAAUAUCGACGGGAGAAACACAGUUUUGUUUUAAAUUUACGUUAACAAUGUCUAUGCAAGCGCAUAGUAAGAAGAGAGUAUGUUACUACUACGACAGUGAUAUCGGAAACUAUUACUAUGGACAAGGGCAUCCGAUGAAACCGCAUCGCAUACGUAUGACACACAAUUUACUGUUAAACUAUGGACUUUACAGGAAAAUGGAGAUUUACCGACCUCACAAAGCCACUGCUGACGAAAUGACAAAAUUCCAUUCGGAUGAUUACAUCCGCUUUCUACGAUCGAUUCGCCCGGAUAAUAUGUCCGAGUACAACAAGCAGAUGCAGAGAUUUAAUGUUGGUGAAGAUUGUCCCGUAUUCGAUGGAUUGUAUGAAUUUUGUCAAUUAUCGGCUGGUGGAUCGGUGGCUGCCGCUGUUAAGCUGAACAAACAAGCGUCCGAGAUCUGCAUCAAUUGGGGCGGUGGACUCCAUCAUGCGAAAAAAUCGGAGGCGUCUGGUUUCUGUUAUGUGAACGACAUUGUGUUGGGCAUUUUGGAGUUGCUGAAGUAUCAUCAACGCGUUCUGUACAUCGACAUUGAUGUGCAUCACGGUGACGGAGUAGAGGAAGCAUUUUAUACCACAGACCGUGUGAUGACCGUAUCGUUUCACAAAUACGGCGAAUACUUUCCGGGCACUGGCGAUCUGAGGGACAUUGGGGCCGGCAAAGGAAAAUAUUAUGCCGUCAAUAUACCGUUACGUGACGGCAUGGACGAUGAUGCAUACGAUUCGAUAUUCGUUCCAAUUAUAUCGAAAGUCAUGGAGACAUUCCAGCCAUCAGCUGUAGUAUUACAAUGCGGUGCCGAUUCGUUGACGGGCGAUCGAUUGGGCUGUUUUAAUUUGACGGUCAAGGGCCAUGGAAAGUGCGUAGAAUUUGUCAAGAAAUACAAUCUGCCGUUCCUAAUGGUUGGCGGCGGUGGCUACACAAUCCGAAAUGUGUCACGCUGCUGGACGUAUGAAACGUCGGUAGCGCUUGGCGUUGAAAUAGCCAACGAACUGCCGUACAACGAUUAUUUCGAAUAUUUCGGGCCCGACUUCAAAUUGCAUAUCAGUCCGAGCAACAUGUCGAAUCAAAAUACGGCCGAAUAUUUGGAGAAGAUCAAGAAUCGUUUGUUCGAAAAUCUGCGCAUGCUUCCGCAUGCGCCCGGUGUACAAGUGCAGGCAAUACCGGAAGAUGCGGUGAACGACGAAUCGGACGACGAGGAUAAAAUUGACAAAGAUGAAAGACUGCCACAGAGUGAUAAGGACAAGCGAAUCGUGCCGGAAAAUGAAUUUUCGGAUUCAGAAGAUGAGGGUGACGGCGGACGUCGCGACAGUCGAUCAUUCAAGACACAAAGGAAGCGGCCGCGCUUGGACAAAUCAAACGAUGUGAAACCAGAUUUGGAGGCGAAAGAAGAGAAGGAAACGAAAAUGGAAACAGUCGAGAGCGAAGAAGCCAAACCGACAGAGGAGCCGAAAAAGGAACCGGCAAUGGUCGCAUAAAUGAACUUUUCCGUUUAACUCAUUUUUUUCCUCAUUUUUUAUUUAUUCGAGAAUUGACUUGCUAAAUAAAACAGCAAAUUGCCGUA